AGCUCCGUCGCAGUGAUCUUCGCGCACAGCGGCCUCGGCGGCGCAUUACAACCAUGGCCGGCGACACGGAAACACGCCUAAGGGACCGGGGCGACCACACCGACGUCAUACGGCAACCUUUUCUCAUCGGUGUCUCCGGGGGCACCGCCAGCGGAAAGUCGUCCGUGUGCGAGAAGAUCAUGGAGCUGCUGGGCCAGAACAAGAUCGACCACCACCAGAGGCAGGUGGCCAUCCUCAGCCAGGACAGCUUCUACAAGGUGCUGACCCCAGACCAGAAGGCCAAGACGCUCAAGGGCCAGUACAACUUUGACCAUCCAGAUGCCUUCGACAACGACCUGAUCAUGCAGACGCUGCGACAGAUCCUGCAGGGCAAGACUGUCCAGAUUCCAGUUUAUGAUUUUGUCACCCAUUCCAGGAAGGAGGAGUUCAUCACCGUGUACCCGGCCGACGUGGUUCUGUUUGAGGGCAUCCUGAUGUUCUACUCGCAGGAGAUCCGCGACCUCUUCCAGAUGAAGCUGUUUGUGGACACCGACCCAGACACUCGGCUCUCUCGCAGAGUUCUCCGAGACAUCGGCGAGCGCGGGCGAGAACUGGAACAAGUGCUGGCGCAGUACAUCACCUUCGUCAAACCUGCGUUUGAGGAGUUCUGCCUCCCCACCAAGAAGUACGCGGACGUGAUCAUCCCCCGAGGAGCGGACAACCUGGUGGCCAUCAACUUGAUAGUCCAGCACAUCCAGGACAUUCUGACCGGCGGCCCCAGCAAGCGCCAGAACGGCUGCACCAACGGCCUGAGCACCACCCCACGCCAGCGACGGACGUCCGAGUCCAGCAGCCGGCCGCAUUGACCCGGCCGCGCCUCUCUUCCCAGGGAGGAGAGGGUGUACAUAACGCAUCACUGUAUUUAAGAUGAGCCGGAGGGAAAAAAAAGAUUUGCAUCCACAAUCCAAAUGCCUUUUUAUUACCAUGACUACUCCUUCUUAGUUCUUCAUUGUCCCAUUUUCUAUGGCUUCUCCUCACAAGACCACCUGUGUCCCCUUCAGUUGUGUUUUUUUAUUUUUAUUUUAAACUGAUAAAACUUGAACCCCCGCUUGAUUGGGAGUGUGGUAAAUAUUUGUUCAGCAACUUGAAGCAAACCCAGAUUGCACUUUGUAUUUGUUUGAUGAUCUCGGGCUUGUGUUCAUUGUGAAGUAUUCAGUUCAACACUACAGCGUCUGGAACCCAACUCAGCUCGCCUGACGUCGCCGAGCUGCACACGGUUCUGUGCUGACACGUACUCAGGUUAACACAAGGUCAUCGCCGCAGCAAUAUCCGUCAGGCUCCGCCACAAAAGGCCUCCGCAAAGUGGCCUCAGGUGAACGCGCACAGCAAGUAAUCGCGACCGUUUCCGGGGACACUUCCGGUUACAAUAAUUAAAAAAGAAAAAAGCUUUGAAUCAUUUUUCUAUUCGGCUUUGCGUAUUUAUUUUGUAUUGUUCGACUGACUGGAUUAUUUGUACAGUUAAAAGAUGAGUGCGUGAAUUGUAAAUUAACGACUGAUUGACUUUGCAAUUUAGUCAAUAAACGGAUGUCACCAA